UGUAUAGUCCCCUCGAUUGCCCCUACGAUUGAGCUCUGUUCACAAUGGGAGAUGAUGAAGAUGCCUGGCGGAAACUUCCCACCGAGGAGAAGAUUCAACACAAAAUGUGGAAAGCCAGAAUGGAUGGAUACGAACAGCUCAAGAAAAUAUUCGAAAUGGCCGACGAAAAAUCACCCGAAUUCGCAAAAUUUCAGCACUACAUGAAAAAUCUAGCGGUAGAUGCUAAUGCUUUUGCACAGGAAAAAGGAUUGGAAGCCAUUGCUGUGUUCGUAGAAAACGCGUCAUGCGCCGGUAAAACUGCCAGCGAGGUGGUUUCUGGCGUUGUUGCCAAAGGUCUGGGGGCGAGACCAAAAGCGAAAGAGAAAUCAGUGGAAAUAUUGUUAAUGUAUAUUGAAAUCGAGAAGCAGGAAAUUGUCAUCGAGGAACUGAGCAAAGCUUUCUCCCACAAAACACCCAAAAAUGUCGUAGCCGCAGUUUCAACGGUUCGAGAAGCCCUUGCUGCUUUUGGCAACAAAGUUGUCGGCAUUAAACCCCUCUUGAAAAUCAUGCCAGCUCUGUUCCUGCACAAAGACAAAGUUGUCCGAGAUGAAGCGAAGCAACUCGCGAUUGAAAUGUACAAGUGGGUUAACAUGGCUGUUAAACAAGCCUUAAAUGGGAUACCCCCUCUUGCCUUGAAAGAACUGGAGGAGGAAUGGGCAAAAAUAGGCACCGUAGCUCCUCCCUUGCCGACCAGGUUCCUCAGAUCCCAGGCCGAUUAUCGUGCUAAAAUUGAAGCGGCUGCUGCAGCUAAAGCAGGAGCCACUUCAUCCUCAGGUGACCCCGGAGCUCCGGUCGCGCCUGUCGAGGUUGUUGACCCCUACGAGUUUAUGGAACCUGUUGAUAUCCUAUCGCAAGUGCCUGCGGACUUCUUGACACAACUCGAGGAAAAGAAGUGGUCCAUUAGAAAAGAUGCUCUGACAGGGUUCAAGACGCUAGCGUCCGCACCUAAAUUACAACCCGGAGAUUAUGGCGACAUUGUUCGCGCUAUGAAGAAAAUCAUUUCGAAAGAUUCGAAUGUCAUGGUGGUCAUCGUGGCUGCUGAAUGUGUUGCAGCGCUUGCCAAUGGACUUCGAAAAAAGUUCUCUACUUACUCAAGUUUCGUAUUCGGUGCUAUUUUGGAGCGGUUCCGAGAAAAGAAACAAGCAGUUGUUGACUCCUUGCGUUUAGCAGGGGACGCUGUCAUCAAAACAAAUAAACUGGAAUCUUUCAUGGAAGAUUUUCUGGAGCAAUGUGAAAGCAAAAGUCCGAACGUCAAAACAGAAAGCUUACUGGUGUUCAAGCGAUAUAUCUUGGAUGUGGCAAAACCAGCUGAAGUUCCCAAGUCUUUGAUUAAACAGCUGAUGCCCGUAUUGAAGAAGCGCAUGGAUGAAUCCCAGCCUGAGAUUCGCGAUGCCUGUUACGAAUUAAUAGCUUCAAUCUGGAAGCUAGCCGGAGAGAAGAUCAUUAUGCCGUUUAUAAGUGACAUUGACAAGUUGAAACUGGAUAAAAUCAAAGAGACUUAUGAAAAACUGAUCGCUAAGCCGGAAAGCGAAGAGGGCAAAAAAGCUGUUGAGACACCCGCCGCUCCUGUGGCGGCUGCUCCUCCAAAAACCGCUCCCGGAAGUGCUCGAGGCGGUGCUUCAAAAGCCGGUGGGUCCGCUGCAGCGAAGAAAAAACCAGUGGCUAAAGAGGCACCUAAAGAGGUUAUUGAGCGGGAGUUAGACGACGGAGCUGUUGAAAAUAUCAGGGAAGAGCUUUUUGUUGAGGAUAUUCGCAAGAAAAUGGACAGUGCUAAUUGGAAAGAACGACAAGAAGCUAUGGAAGAAGUGAAAAAGAAACUAGUUCUGAUGGAACCCGAAAAGAUGCCCUGCCAAGCAUUGGUUCGAAUCAUUGGAGGAAAGAAUAAAUUCAAAGAAACAAAUUUCAACGUCAUGAUUCAGAAGUUCACUCUUGUUGCAGAAAUUGCACGUCUGGGAAAAUUCUCGAAAACAACGUGGCAGGGCUGCUCUCAGCCGAUUGUGGACAAGCUGGGAGAUAUUAAGUCGGGAAAUCAAGCGAAAACUGCUUUAACUGAAAUAGCUGAGAAAGUCGGAUUUCCGAUAGUGGCCGAGGAUGUUCUAACACUGGCCAUGGCGCAGAAGAAUCCUAAAAAUCAAAGUGAAGCCUUCAAUUGGGUCGCGGAAAAUAUUCGGCUUUUCGGAUUUAAAGGUCUGAAUCCAAAGUCAAUGACAGAAAAGAUUAAAACCUGCCUGCUCGCUAGCAAUCAACAGGUUCGUCAGGGUGCGAUAACGCUAGCAGGAAUUAUGCACAUCUACGUGGGUCCACAAAUCAGAGCAUUGUUUGAAAGUGAAAAAGCAACAACAUUACAAGUUAUUGACGCCGAGUUCGAAAAGGUCAAGGACGAGAAACCAGAAACCCCGACUAGAGGUAUUAAGAUCGCAGAAGGUACUGAAGGCGACGGAGGAGCGUUGGGCCAACCCGCGGAGGAAGAGGAACCGGAGGACUUAAUGCCGAGAACCGACAUCAGUUCGAAAGUCACGGAGGAGCUUCUCGCAAAAUUAGCCGACAGUAAAUGGAAAAUACGUGAAGAGGGUUUGCAAGAAGUUCAAACUAUCAUAAAGCAAGCAGCUUUUGUUACUCCUACCUUGGGCGAUUUACCAGCUGCGCUUUGUAAAAGGCUAGCAGAUUCGAACAAGCUGUUGGUUUCGAGUACUGCUGGAAUUUGCGAGGAACUCGCGACAGCUUUGGGACCAAAAGGCUGCAAACAACACUUCAAAACCUUCGCGGCAGCUUUAUUCAAUAGUUUGAGCGACUCGAAGCCUUCAGUAAGACAAUCGUGUAAUAAAUGUUUAGAUGCUUGGGCUUCCAAUUGUCCUCUGGCUCUUGUGUUUGAGGAUGAAAUUGUGUUUACGGCGCUGAAGAGCAAUAACGUCAAUCUCAAAAUGGGUCUGCUAGCAUGGCUCGAAAAACAAAUGGGUCUUUCUAAACCGCUGCCAGUUCCCGAUUUACUUCCGUGCCUGACUCCCGUUUUCAACGCUCUCGAGGACAGGAAUGCGGAUGUUAGGAAAGCGGCUCAAGCAGCCUGUUUGAUGUUCCUAGGUCACAUCGGAUACGAUAAGGUAUUCCGACAAACUUCCAAGCUCUCGCCUACUAGUCAACAAGCAAUCGCGAAGAUUCUAGAAGGAAUGAGACCAAAUAUCCCUGAUAUAAAAGGAAAAUUCAAACCUCCAGCUGCAGCGCCUCCAGUCGUGGAACCGUCGGCUUCAGGGCCGGCAAAAUCAGUUGCUUCGAAACCAGGAUCUAAACCAAGCACCGCUUCAAAACAGCUCGAACUGCCGUCAUCGCCUGGAGGAAGCGACGUGGAAUCGGACACUGGGGGUGGCGGAGGAGGAGGAGGAGGCGAAAGUAAGAAAUCAACUGGAACAGGAAAACCGAAAGGAACCCGAGCGUCAACUGCAAGGUCACGACAAAGCACAGCUCCUGGCAAGUCAAAACAGGUUGAAGAAGAAGACUUGAGUCCUCCUUUGACUAAAGGAAAGGGAAAAGAAUCGAAGGAGCAGCGGCUCAAAGAUGAGAACAGUCACAAAGUUUUGAGAUGGAAUUUCACUGCCCCAACUAAAGAGCAUCUUCAACAGCUGAAUGAGCAAAUGGCCCCUAUCUGCAGCAAGUCCAUACAUGGAUUACUGUUUCACGCCGAUUUCAAGUAUCAUAUUCAGGCGAUGCAGGUUCUAGCCGAUUUUUGUCUACCACAGAACAACGAGGUUAUAUGUGCUAACAGCGAUGUGCUGUUGAAAUGGUUCAGUUUGCGUCUAUUUGACACAAACACAACAGUUAUUUUGAAAGUACUGGACUUGAGUUUGGCAGUGUUCAAAGAGUGUUCAAUGGAUUCACUGGUUCUUUCUGACUUAGAAGCGCAGUCGUUCUUCCCUUACAUGAUCAUGCAAAGAAUCGGUGAUCCGAAAGAAGAAAUCAGAAAGAAAGUGCAAGCUAUCGUCAAGUUUUCUCAUAUUUUGUACCCACCCAACAAGAUUUUCUCUUUCUUAAUGGACGGAACCAAACAGAAAAAUGCAAGAGGAAGGAGUGAAUGUCUAGAAGCGAUGACAGGUCUGGUUGAAAGUCUGGGCCUGAUCAUCUGCCAUCCGUCGCAAGCAAAAGCGGUGAAAGAAAUUGCAGCUAUGAUUGGCGAUAAAGACAAUACAGUACGUAACUCAGCUCUGGGAUUUUUAACACUAGCUGUUAGUUUGGUAGGAGAAGAACAAACCAAAAAGUGGGUUGGAAACCUUCCCGAGAAACAACAAAGUAUGUUAGAUGAGAGAAUAAAGCGCAGUUUGAAAGCGAAUACUAAUGUGAAUGUUACUGUAGAGCCAGUGCAGGAUAAGCUGGUGGGGAUGAACCAAGUUAAAGGGAUCAAAAGUGUAGCUCCAGGUUCUAAAUCAGCAGCACCUGCAAGUGCGAGACAGAUAGCUACUGUUUCACAGUCGGUUAGAGCUGACAAUGCUUUGGACCAGGAGGAAGAAGCGCUGUUCAACAGACCUCAAACCGCUCCAGCUAAUGACGUCCAACCUCUCAAUCCGAAUAACAGACUGAUAAAUAAUAAGUAUUUCAAACUCGAUUUCGAAGAAAUCGAAAGAGAUCGAAAACCAAUCCCGUCUAUGCCUAAGUUGUAUUCGAAUCCGGAAGUUGAAGCCCUUCUUAGAGAACCGAUUCCAAGCUAUACAGUAAAGUCCAGAUCAUCCAAUCAUGCUAAGCUGUCAAUGUUGACAGGAUCGAACGAAGUUUCAGAGACUCUAGGAGUUAUUUUGAGCUCUGUAACUGAUUCUGAUUUGAGUAAAAGCAGCGAGAGUUUAAGCCAGAUUGCAACCCUUUUGAAAGACCAAGAUCGGAACGUGUUGUUCCAGGCCUCCGAUGUCCAGAAGUUAGUUGCUUCCACCACCCUUCAGCUGAAAAUGUGCGUAACUCAUCAUCUGGUCACAGCGUUGCACCAACCAGAUAAGCUUGAGUCAUGUCAGAAAUUGAUACUCCUCAUAAUCGAUGUCUUGUUGAGUCUCUUCAAGGUACAAAGAUUGGCGCAUACGGUACCCAGAGACGAAUUAUGUGCCUUGAUAACGGAGCUAUUUGCGACUUCCUUUGACGAUGUUUUGGCGCAAUUACCCGAAUCUGAUAUGUACAAAAAAUCGAUCAACUGUUUAAGUUGUGAUGUUAUUGACAACGGAAUAUUGAGUGACGUAAUUUGUUCAUGCCUGAAAAUCAUGAGGCAGUCUUUGCCUGAUAAGUUCAGUGGAGUUCAAAAGGCUGACAAGGUUCUUCAAUGUACUCUAAAAAGUUGUUGGCGAGCGAUGCGAUCAUUGGACCACGAAUAUGUGAACUAUGAUCAGUUGCCAAUCGUCAUCGAGUGUCAUCACUUUUUGAAGGAGUUCCCUAGCUCCUUCUGGACUAACAAACAAUGGGAUCAACCAGUAAGAACAGUAAAGACUCUUUUGUUCUGGAUCACAAAGUCCAAAGGAGUCGCGGUACUGGAACUGGUCCAACAGAUUCCAAACAACAAGGAAUCAGAAGUCGAGAGAUAUGUUAAAAAAAUCCUCGAUAGUUUCAAGUCUUCCAAGAUUCCUGCUGCUAAAGCAACAACUAACGGUCACAGCAAAGGCGAAGAUAUCACGGGUCUCUCUAAAACUCACGAUGAAACCAUUCAGGAUCUCGUGGCUAAAUACAGAAAUGGGAACCCUCAAGACGCUUGUUUCAAAUUUCUCAGAUUCAAACUUGCGAAUCCGAAUGUCGAUACGGCUAAGUUCAUCACAGUUUUGGAGCCUCAUAUUGCAAGAUGGGUCAAAAAUGUAAUCGAUAACCCUUGCUACGAAAAACCAAGAGAUAAAAUCAGAAAAUGGCCAAAAGAUAAACCUUUUAGCGCCGAAGGGGAGCCGAAAUCAGUGGAACAUUACAAACAGCUGGUUCAGAAAAUGAAAGACACUAUGGUAACAUGGGAACGUGAAGUUUUGUCUCGGCAAGGCUCAACUGAUGCAAGCAAAUACGCGUUUACGAAUUCAGAAAUCAUGGCUAAUGGAAAUUUACAACGAGGUCCGCUUAUGAAUAAAAGCAGUGCAAUAACCAACAGUAACAAUCAACUACAAUCGAAGUCAGUUGAUUUGAACUCACAAGACAAUGUAAUGAUGCGAACUAAAACAGCGAUUGGGAUCAACAAUGACGAAGACGCUCAGAAUGUUCCCAACACUUCGGUUAUGUCAUCUAAAAAGUCAGCUCAGGCUGGAUCAUCAAGUACUUCAAUGUCGGUGGAUGUUGAUGAGUUUAGAAAGCGCCUGGAAAUGAUCAAAAUGAGAUCGAACUUGAAUUAAUAAACUGUACAAUGUGAGGCUAGCGUUACACUGUUUAUUGUGAUUUUUCCGGUGUGUGGUAUGUAUAAAUUAAGAUUAACAUAUUAUAACUUAUUUUCGGAAAUUAACGGGAAUAUUUUAAACUUUUGACUCAGACUUUUAAACAAAGUUUCAAUUUGUCGUCCUAUUUGCUAACAUUAAUCUCAUCCAGGAUUUUGUCAGUCUGAAGAAUAAUUGUCAACUCAGUUUAGAAUUGUGCAGCUAUUUUGCUUUAAUUAGAAAAUGCCCAUUUGCUUUUCACGAUUAAUUGAUUUGAUUCGAUUCGAUUUUCAAUAAAUUUUUACCAAGA